AUCGCUAAAGAGUUUCUGCUUCCGAACAUGGCAGAACGUGGCAGCGGAGUGCAAAGUUUCCGCCAUGCCGACCUUCCACGUGUUCAAGGGAGGCGAGAAGGUAGAUGAACUUGUCGGAGCGAGCCAGGAGAAGCUCCUUAAGAUGAUCCAGAAGUACGCUUAG